AUGGUUGUCGAAUCAGAAGAAGUUCGCCAUGAGUCAUCUGAAGAAUACGACUCUGAAGAAUACGAAGAUGAUGACGAGGUGCUCGAUACUGAGCACAUAGAUGUGGAAAUGGAAGAAGAUGAUUUCAAGACACAGGGUAAAGAGAGAUGCAAGGAUGCUUUCCUUAACUUCAGUUCUGAUUAUGAAGAUAAUGAAGCCGAUGAAGACAAUGACUUAGUUGAUGAAGAUGAAGAAGGGUUUGGUUCAGAAGAGGAAAUCGAUGACACAGCAGGGGCUAAUGAUCUUGAUUUGGGAGAUGCGGUUGGUGCAGGCUUCCCCAUUCACGACCCAUCAGUUAAGUGGAAUAAGAUGAAGCCCCUUCUUGGUGAAAGGUAUGAAUCACCACAUCAGUUGCAACAAUGUCUCACUAAUUAUGCUAUUAAGUCAGGGUAUAACAUUAAAUUUGCGAAGUGUGACACUGUGAGAUUAACUGCCAAAUGUGGUUCUAAGAUGAAGUCUCAACCCUGCCCAUUCAGAGUUCAUGCUUCCUGGAUGACUCAAGAAAGGUCUUUUCAGAUUAAAACCUUAGUCGAUGAGCACAAAUGUGUUAGAAAUUUCAAUAUUUCAAAUUUACUGAGUCCCAGAUGGCUAGCAAGACACUUUUUGAAGGAGUUGAUAAUGAAACCUAACUUGAAGUGUAAGGAGAUGCAAUCAAUAAUUAGGACCAAAUUUCAUUGUGGUGUAUCUUGGUCUAAGGCUUACAGAACAAGGUGUAGAGCAAUGACCAUUAUAGAUGGUAAACUUACAGAACAUUAUGCUAGGGUGUGGGACUAUUGCCAUGAGUUACUAAGGUCAAAUCCUGGUAGCACUGUCCAAGUUGGUGUCACUGUAAAUCCAGAUCAAACAACAUACUUUCACAGGAUGUAUUUGUGUUUUAAAGCAAUCAAGGAAGGUUGGAAAAUAGGGUGCCGUAGGGUAAUUGGUCUAGAUGGAUCUUUCUUGAAAGGGACAUGUAAAGGAGAAUUACUCACAGCAAUAGGGAGGGAUGCAAACAACCAAGUUUAUCCAAUUGCUUGGGCAGUUGUUGACAUUGAAAACAAAGCUAAUUGGAAAUGGUUUUUGGAACUGCUCACAGAGGAUCUUAAUCUGCUAGAUGGAGGAGGGUUUACUGUAAUUUCUGAUCAACAUAAGGUUUGUAAUUUCUUUGCAUAUUUAUGA